AUGCAUGACCUGGAACCGGCACUCACCCAAUACCCUGCACUGUCCCAAGCAGUGGGGUAUGUCGUGGUGGUUGCGAUCGGGUUCAUAAUUGCCUUCGCCAUGGUGCUGGCAACCUAUGUGUUGAAGAAGACGACGGGCGAGGAUAACCGGAAGACGGAGAUGUUCAUGACCGCCAACCGGAGCGUGAGGACUGGCCUGACCGCAUCGGCGGUGAUCUCGUCAUGGCUUUGGAGUACGGCUAUGCUGGGAAGCUCGCUGGUUGGUUACAACUUUGGUGUUGCGGGUCCCUUUUGGUUUGCCGCUGGAUGCUCUCCUAUGAUUGUGUUCUUCUCACUCCUGGGCAUCGUUUGCAAGCUUCGAGUUCCCGAGGCCCAUACAUUGUUGGAGAUCGUACGCAUUCGGUACGGGAAAGUCGGUCAUAUCGUCUGGAUAGUUCUCUGCCUCAUCAACAACAUCAUUGCCGUGGCGAACAUGUUACUCGGGGCGAGUGCUGCCAUCACGGCGCUCACAGGAAUGCACAUCAUCGCCGCUACCUUCUUGUUACCUGUCGGUGUUAUUCUGUACACAUUCGUCGGGGGCAUCAAGGCCACGUUCUUGACAGAUUACUUCCACACCUUUGUCAUCACCAUCAUCGUGUGUUUCUUCACGGUUAAAACGUUCACGACCCCCGAGAUCUCCUCUGUCGAGCACCUAUGGGAACUCAUCACCGCAGCUGGGAGACAGACUCCUGUUGAAGGUAACCAGAAUGGUUCGUACUUAACCAUGACGAGCAAAGGAGCCAUCCUCUUCGGCAUUAUACAUCUAUUAGCUAAUUUUGGCUUGGUCGUCAUGGACAAUGGCUUCUUCGUGAAGGCAUUCAGCGCCGCCCCGGAAGCGGUCGUCCCAGGAUAUAUCGUCGGGGGCAUCGCCUACUUUGCGAUUCCGUGGUGCUUCGGCACGAUUAUGAGUCUUGGCGCGCUCGCCUUGGAAGGAACAAGCCGGUUCCCCACCUUCCCUCGGCGCAUGAGCGGCACCGAGAUAUCCAACGGCUUGGUCCUUCCAUACGCUGCCAUCGCCGUGGCCGGAAAAGGGGGCGCGGCGGCGAUCCUGCUCGUCACCUUCAUGGCCGUGACUUCGACCAUCUCGGCCCAAGUCAUUGCUGUUUCGUCCAUCAUCAGCUUCGAUAUCUACCGCGAGUACAUCAACCGCGACGCCACCGAUGCCGACGUCAUCCGUUGGAGUCACGCGGGUGUCGUCUUCUUCGGCAUCUUCUCCGCCUGCUUCUCCACGGCGCUACACUAUGGCAACGUCGAUCUCGGCUGGACCCUGUACAUGCUUGGGGUUCUGACCUGCCCUGGCAUCUUUCCUACCGUGUUCACAAUCCUCUGGAAGAAGCAGUCCACCGCAGCGGCCAUCAUAUCCCCCCUACUGGGACUGGCCACAGGCAUCGCCGUCUGGCUGGGCACAGCGCACGCCUUCACUGGAGAGAUAUCGGUCGCGUCGACGGGCCAGACCCUGCCAUGCAUGUACGGCACCGUCGCGUCGGCUCUCAGCCCAGCCCUGUACUCGGUGGUCAUCUCGCUCAUGCGGCCAGCCAAUUACGAUUGGGCCGACUUACGCAAGGAACGGUUGGCAUUCGAAGGUGCUCCGGGCGUUGACUCGAUCGAAGUGUCUGGAGAUGGUGAUGGCAGCGAGGGAAGGUCGAGCUACGAGGCCGACAAGGCCAAGCUGAAGCGCUGGGGCAGGAUCUCGGCGGUGUGGUCAUUGGCUACUUUCCUCGGACAUUGGGUGCUAUGGCCACUCCCGAUCUAUGCUUCGAGCUACAUCUUCUCGAAAAAGUUCUUCUCGGUGUGGGUUGUCAUCUCGAUCAUCUGGGUCUGGGGCACCAUGUUUGUUGCUGGCUUCUUUCCCAUUAUCGAUGGGCGGAAACAGAUAUUGCAGGUUUGGAGAGGUUUAACCGGAUCGAGCACUCAGGAAGGUACCCUGACCGGUCAAGGGUCGGGAGGAACUAUCACCCCGGUCUCGGUCGAGAAGGUAAUAGAUGGGGAGGAAAAGGUUGCCAAAAGAGAUACUUGA